AUGAGCGCCGUCGCACUCUCGUCCGCCGCCUGGGGAGACGAGGGCAAGGGGAAGCUCGUCGACAUCCUCGCCCAGGAGUACGACAUCGUCGCGAGGUGCCAGGGCGGCGCCAACGCGGGCCACACCAUCUACGACGACGAGGGCAAAAAGUACGCGCUCCAUCUCGUGCCCUCCGGCAUCCUCAACGAGAAGGCCAAGUGCGUCGUGGGCAACGGCGUGGUGGUCCACCUCCCCGGUAUGUUCAACGAGAUCGAUACCCUCGAGAAGGCGGGGGUGAAGAUCGACGCAUCUCGCCUGGUCAUCUCCGACCGCGCGCACAUGCUCUUCGACCUCCACAAGGAGAUUGACGGCUUGCGCGAAGCCGAGCUCUCCGGUAACAAGAUUGGCACCACCAAGCGCGGCAUCGGCCCGGCCUACGCGUCCAAGGCGACCCGCAACGGCAUCCGCGUCGGGGACAUUCGGAACCCCGAGACGUUCGCGCAGAAGCUCAGGACGCUCGCCGCCGACGCCGCCGCGAGGUUUGAAGAUUUCGAGUACGACGUCGAGGCGGAGCUCGUCGCGUACCAGAAGUACGCCGAGCGCAUCACCCCGUUCAUCGCCGACACCGUGCACAUGAUCAACGAGGAGCACAAGGCGGGCAAGCGGGUGCUCGUCGAGGGCGCCAACGCCACCAUGCUCGACCUCGAUUUCGGCACCUACCCCUUCGUCACCUCGUCCAACCCGUCGCUCGGCGGCGUGUGCAGCGGCCUCGGGUUAGCGCCCAACAAGUUCGAGACGGUCAUCGGCGUCGCCAAGGCGUACACGACGCGCGUCGGCGCGGGACCGUAUCCCACCGAGCUCUUCGGCGAGCUCGCGGACGACCUCCGCGAGAAGGGGUACGAGUACGGCACCACCACCGGCCGCCCCAGGCGCAUCGGCUGGCUCGACGUCGUCGCGCUCAACUACGCGUCCGCCAUCAACGGGUUCACGCACCUCAACCUCACCAAGCUCGACGUGCUCUCCGGCCUGCCCGAGCUCAAGAUCGCCACCGCGUACAAGCUCGGCGACGGCACCGUCACGAACGCCUUCCCCUCGUCCAUCGAGGAGCUCGAAAAGGUUGAGUGCGUGUACGAGACGUUGCCCGGAUGGGAGGAGGACAUCUCCAAGAUGCGCGACUGGGACGAGCUCCCGGCGAAAUGCAAGGCGUACGUGGAGAAGAUCGAGGAGCUCACCGGCGUGGAGUGCAGGUACCUCGGCGUCGGGCCCGGGCGCGACGCGAUCGUCGUCAAGCCUUGA